AUGGAUUAAUAAAAUUCAGCCAAUCGAGAUGAGAAUUCAGUUUAGGCAAGAUUAAGAAGGAGACGAAAUGAUUCAAAUAAUAGAGAUUAUUCUUGUGGUUGUGGUAAAAGUUAUCUUAGUUAUGCUGCAUUAUAUACUCAUUUAAAGUAAUAAGCUUUUUAUAAUGUAAAGAUAGAAACAUGAUUCAGUAGCUCCUGAUGGAACUUAAUUGCCUAAUAAUGCAAAUUAAAGACCAGGAAGAGGUAGACCAAGAAGAGUAUUUAUGUGCAAUAUAAUACAAAGCAAGAAGAUUAAGAUAGAAAAAGUGCUAAAUCUGAUGAUGGAUAAUCUGAAAGUGGAAAUGAGCCAGAUGAGACAUUAGAAGAGCUUUUAACAUUUUUAGACAGUUUAGGGAGUUUUAGAUAAGUUGAAAAAUUUAAGAAUGAUAUUGAGGCAUAAGUUUUUCUUCUUUAAAAUUUUCCUUGUACUGUUUUUUCAAAUUGUUCUGAAUAUUAAGGAAUAUAUGAUUAAAUUAAAGAUCUUACAAAUGAAAAAGUAGAAUUCAAAUUUUAUAUUAAAGAUAAAAACAUAAGAUAUAGAUUUACUUGCUAAUGAACCUUUUGAUAAUGAUAAAUCUUUAAGAAAAACAAAUGUUACUAAAAUUUUAGCAUAUUUUUUAACUUAAAUAGGUCCAAAGUUAUGUGUUGAAGCAUAUAAAGAAGUAUUUAUUAAUUAAAUUAAAAUAGAUGGCUAUAUUUACAGUUUUUUAUUAAAAAUGUUUGAAUUCUUUAGGUUAUUAAGCACUUUAAAAUUAUUAAUAAGAAAUGAGGAAUGGAGAUAAUAAAUAAUUGGAUAUCAAAGAAGGUUAUAUAUUGAAAAUAUAUAAUAGAGGUUACAUAAAAUUAAGAGUUUUGUGAUGUAUAAAAUGGAGAACAUAUGCUUUUAAUUGCAAAUGAAUUUAUAUUAUCAUUUUUACCAUAGUCUUAUUAAGGAUUGGAGACAAUUGAAAAGAAUUUGAAAAUAUUUGGUAGUAGUGCAGAAAAAUUAAAAAAUGCUGUGUAUGUUACUUAGCAUUUCUCGUAUUGGUUAUAUUCUUUAAAAUUUACAAAUUCAAGAUUGGAUUUUUAUACUGAUGAUGAUUGAUAAUUUGUAAUUAUAAAUUUGUGUUGAAAUAUAUAGAGAG